AAUUGAACCUGCUCCGACUCGGUUCAGUGUUGGGUUACGGGACGACACAAACCCGCAAAUCCCUAGCCCCCCUCUCAAAGACCAUCGCCAUCUCGAAGCUCGCAGUCUGACUCAAAAGGUGGAGGUGAUUUGGAUACUGAUUAAAAGAGAAAAGAAUGAGCACUAGGCCUGUGCCAAGGAGAGAAAGCCCCUGGGGUUUACCUGAAGGUGACACACGACAGCCUGUGGCACACAGAUGCAAUGAUCGUGCAGAGGAUGUUAUCCAGGCUUUGUUUGAAGGAAAUCCAUUAAAAAAAGUUCCGGGCCCUUUCAAGCUCUUCUGGCAAUGCAUGCGAUCUAAGCCCGGGGAGGAGCCAACGGAACCUUUCUACUACUUGCAACUGGAUCCACCAAAAAAGGAAGAGGCCAAAUUAGAGUAGCAGGGAUGAUAAAAACUUAACAAAACAUAGCCUUUUUCUGUUAGCACUUGAAAUAAUUUUGACAGGCUAUAUCAUUGUGAAUAACGAGCCUUGAUCCAUCCAUUUUGUACUGGGAAAACAAAUCUUGCUUCAUCGCUUGUUGGAAGAUUCUAGUUGAUGUUUUCAAGGUUGUCUUGAUUUGUUUGUUUCAAAUUAGAAACAUAUUGGUCGAUGUCAUGUAGGAAUCUUGUUCUGGCAUGGCAUGGCAUGCGACUUAUUGGACAAGCUUGAUCCA